UAUGUCAAAUGACACAUUCUUCUGCCAUUUAUUUUUAAUUUAUUUCGGUUAUUAAUAAAAUUUGAUAAAAUGAUGCUAAUAAAACCUACAAGCACUGAUUAUAAAGAUCAUCAUGAUCGUUGGUAUCCAUAUGUUAACCAUGGAGGGAGUAUUAUAGCGAUUGCAGGGGAUAAUUUUUCUGUACUUGGCACAGAUAUGAGACUGAGUGAAGAUGCAAGUGGAGAAAUUAUGAGCCGCCAUCAAUCAAAAGCUUAUAAAUUAACUCCUACCACAAUGCUAGGGUUAUGUGGAUUUCAUGGAGAUGUCAAUUACUUAUUAGGGCAGCUGGAAUAUUCUAUAAAAAUAUAUACCAGAGAAAAUUACACCACUAUAUCCACACCUGCCUUGGCUUCAAUGUUAGCAUGCACUCUUUAUAACAGGAGAUUUUUCCCUCUGUACGUUUACAACUUGUUGGUUGGUUUAGAUGAUGAAGGCAAGGGUUGCAUGUUUAGUUUUGACCCAGUGGGCUCUUACGAAAGGGAGAGCUACAAAGCUGGAGGUAGUGCUGCUGCUAUGUUACAACCCAUAUUGGAUAAUCAAAUAGGGAAUAAAAACCAAAACAACAUUAUUGUUAAAAUUCCGCUUACGCCUGAACGCGCGGUAUCAGUAGUUAGAGACUCGUUCAUUUCUGCAGCUGAACGUGAUGUACUAACGGGCGACGGAAUAACUAUACACAUCAUAACUAAAGAUGGCAUUACUACAAAAACGGAAAUUUUAAGAGGGGAUUAGAAAAUCUACUAAAUCUAGCAGAUUCUUCCUUACCUCUCUCUUUUUUAUGAACGAGGAAAUUAUGUUUAUAUUAUUUUU